AUGUUUUGGGUGCAAUUUUUAAUAACACCUACACUCAAACGCUUCUUUCUUUCUUUCUUUCUUUCUUUCUUUCUUUCUUUCUUUCUUUCACCUUCUCUCGCUCUCUAUCUCUCUCUCUUUCUUACUCUCUUGCUUUCUUUCUUACUCUCUCACUUUUUCUUACUCUCUCUCUUUCUUUCUUACUCUCUCUCUUUCUUUCUUAUUCUCUUUCUUACUCUCUUUCUUUCUCUCUUCCCGUUUUCUUUCUCGCUAUCUUUCUUUCUCUUUCUUUAUUUCUUUCUCUCUCUCUUUCUCUCUUUUUUUCACUCUUUCUCUCUUUCUUUCUCUCUUUCUCUUUCUUUCUCUUUCUGUCUCUCUCUCUGUCUCUCUCUCUCUCUCUCUCAUAUGCAAUCUUUUCUUCCUUUCUUUUUUUAUAUCUCUCUUUCCCCUUUUUCUUUUCUUUCUUUUUUCUUUCUUUCUAUCUUUUUUCUUUCUUUCUAUCUUUUUUCUCUCUUUUGA